UCCUGCACCAGCAGGCAGUGUGACAGAAAAAACACUUAAAAUUUGCUUAUGCAACAUAUUCGCUAACUUGAGUCUUAGUCCCAUAGUCUUGGGAGCUCUCGUGAAGAUAGAGUGUCAAGACAAGCAUGAUCAUGAGACUUACAUAGAAUAUCUGAAUCGUCUUCGGGCAAAGAAAAAUAAAAAUUCUUUUUCGAAUGCCGAAUUGAAGAAAGAAUUCUGUUUCAACUUAGAGAAUUUCCAAAAAGAAACGAGCCCUGACAAGUUAGAUGUCACUGCCCUUUGCAGUUUACUUUCCCACAUUUUAACCAAAGUUAAGGAGUACGAUUCAAUCAUGCUUAAAGAUCUCAAUAAGAAUUUACAUGAUGUCAAGAAAAUGCGAAACACUGUCUUACACAACAUGGAUCAACUUCUGAACGAGAAAAAUUUCACUGAUCUGACAACAAUGCUGUUUGGGCUCAUAGAAAAAGCUGACAUAUUCUAUUCUUCCUCCCUGGGCCCUCAGGUUCCAUAUUUUCCCGCUGUAGACACAAAGCAAAAGCUUAACGACGAACUUGAAAAGGUUGAGAACCUGGACAAAAGUGACAUUCAUCGCUGUAUUUCGCGGUUGCUUUUGAGCGGCAAAGAAGCGGUAGGGAUGUUAUGGGGGAUCAAGCUGGACUACGAGGUUCUCUUGCUCGGCAACGACAAGGCUAAUCGUCAGAAAGUGUUUCAUCCUCUAGACGUGAUGGUUAAAGAGCCAGCGAGCGAAGAAUUCCUUUCAUACACAAAAAUUUUUGAAACCCCUGAGAAUGUCGUCGUGGUUGCGGGCGUCGCCGGCGCCGGUAAGACAACCCUCGUCAAAAACAUCGUACUGCAAUUUUUCGACCUUCAACAGGGGACUGCUGAUUACCUGAGUUCUUUUAACCAACUCGUCUUCUUCGAGUGCAGGGAUCGCAGCAUUAAAGAACUGAGUGACGUCAUCGAUAAUCACUACAAAGACCUGUGUAGUGAACUAGGUAAAGAAAAUGUCCUCGAGGCUCUCCUGCGUAUCGAUGUCUUAUUCAUCAUCGAUGGCUUCGACGAAAUCAACGACAGUUCCAAAAAAGUCGUUAUCGAGAUUAUCGAGAAAACGUGGCGCCGCAACUGUCGUGUGUUGAUCACGACUCGUCCUCAUGCCCUGGAGGAGAAGCUGGAGCCACUUCUGAAAAGAGAAGAUGUCAGCUUUACACUGUACGAGAUUAUGCAGUUCAAGAAGCUUGAAGACCAACUUGCAUUCUUGCGGCGGUAUGAAGCAUUUCUUUGCGCUCCGAUUGGGGAGAUGACGAAGAGCUUCGAGUCGCUAAGUGAGGAUGUCAGAAAUAUAUUCACCGAACCCAUCAACUUGAUUCAUUUCUGCGAGAUGCGUAAGCACUUCCCUGAGGAGAUAUCCUCAUGGAAGACUUCAGGGGACGUGGCGCCUUCUAAGCUGCGCCUGUACAGGAAGCUCAUCCAGAACAAACUAGCGGCCUCGAUUGAUACGGACUUGGGCGUCCUGGUGGACGACAUGUUCGCUCUGGUCGGGGCUGAAGCCUUGCAGUUGCUCCGUGAAAACGUCGUGACUUUCUCAGAGGCAGAGUUGCUUGCCAUAAAGCAGAGGUGUCACGUUGAACUGAAAGGUGGUGGCGAGGUCGAUCAUGCAGUUGUACUUUCAGAGGUACUGAAGGAGCACAAACCUUUCGGUUUGAACAGUAGUUCACGCUAUGAAUUCAAGCACAAGAGUGAGCAGGAAAUGUUUGCUGGUCAUUACAUCGUUCAGCGCAUCAUUGGAGGGAGCGCCGACCCCCUCAAUAGCAUCCUGGGAGUCCCGACGGAGGAAAUGACAAGGCUGCGGGAGGUGCUGCUGUACGUGGUGGCGGCCCUCAGCAGGGACAGCCCCCGCCACCUCACGCAGCGGUGGGGGGAGCUGAAGGAGGCCCUGAGGGAGGCCGGCGUCACCGGCGUCCGUGAUGUGAUGGACUGCGUCGCGCGCUGCCCUGACGCGGGGAUAUUGGGCGACCUCGUCGGGGGCGAGAGAUGGAACGUCGUGGAAGGUCGCAAUGUUGCUGUUGUACCUAUCCUGCUGCGACAUGGUCGUCCAUCUCGCGUGAUGGUGGACAUAGAGGCCGCGGCCCUGAGGAGGGAGCCGUGGAGGGCGCUCGUGGCGGCGGCGUGGGGCGUGGAGGUCAGGUUGACGCUCCGCCCCCUCGACGACUACGAGCCUCAUGACGACCUCCUUCUGCCGCUGCUCAACAGCGGGGUGAGGCUGGUGGAGUUCAGCGGCUGCGUGGGCACCUGCGCUGGGACGGCCACCCUCACGUCCGUGGCCCGCGACGCUGUCCUCUACAUCCGCAUGGCGGCGCCCCUGGACCUCAGCGCCCUCGGGGGGACAUACGAGUUCUUAGGUGAGUCUUUCCCAGCACGGGGGGCGGCGCCCCUGGUCCCUUGUGUGCACGCGCCCCCUCCUGCCCCCUGGCCUCCCCUCCCCCACGUGGCCGCUGCCCCCCUCCCCCCUGCCAUGGCUGAUCGUGGAGGGGGCAGAUGA